AUGCAUUUGAAAAAUAUUAUUGAUGAGUUUUCAAAGGAGCGAAAAAGCAGGGAUGUUGCUACACGCAAUAACGAGGAGAAGGAUUUUUGGGAUUUAUUGAUGGAUUUUGAAGGCAGUGGCAAAGAUGAACCAUGGAAAAUGUCAGACAAACACAUUAAUUCGUUUAUAAUGGUGAGUAAAUUCAUAUAUUGGAACAAACUUGCAGAAUUGGAUGAAGCAAUUAGCGGAGGAACCGACACAACAGUGUCUACCGUAGAAUGGGUAAUGACAGAAGUUGCUCGCAAUCGAGAGGUAAUGAGCUGGAAGGACAGAGAUGAGAUUUCCCAUGUUGUUGGAUAUAACAGAAAUAUUGAAGAAAGUGAUAUUGGAAGUUUACCUUAUCUUGGUGCGGAUUCAGCUUCAUGGGAUAAUCCAUUCUCGUCUAAUCCAGAUCGUUUCUUAGGAGAUACUACUGAUUACCGUGGAAUACAUUCUCGGUUCUUACCGUUUGGCGCUGGAAGACGUAUGUUUCCUGGCCUCUCAAUGGUCCAUCAAAUUCUUCCCAUGUUGGUUGGAUCAUUGCUCCAAUCUUUCGAUUGGACCCUUGAGAAUGGCGUCGCUCCUGAAUCCAUAAACAUGAAUGGAAAAAUAGAGAUGUCAUUGAAGAAGUCCACUCCUCUAAGAAUAAUACCAAGAGCAUCGCCUCUUGCAGUGUGA